AGCCAGGGACAGGCAGACAUGCAGCCAGAGCCCCAAGGCCUGGACAGGGGCUGCCAGGCCCCGUGACCGGAGGACCCCGAGCCCCUGGCCCGGGGAGGGGGCCAUGGUGCUGCCUGCCCGACAUGUCAGCCGAGGUGCGGCUGAGGCGGCUCCAGCAGCUGGUGCUGGACCCUGGCUUCCUGGGGCUGGAGCCCCUGCUCGACCUUCUCCUGGGCGUCCACCAGGAGCUGGGUGCCUCCGACCUGGCCCAGGACAAGUAUGUGGCCGACUUCUUGCAGUGGGUGGAACCCAUCGCGACGAGGCUUAAGGAAGCCCGACUGCAGAGGGAUGACUUCGAGAUUCUGAAGGUGAUCGGACGCGGGGCGUUCAGUGAGGUGGCGGUGGUGAAGAUGAAGCAGACGGGCCAGGUGUAUGCCAUGAAGAUCAUGAAUAAAUGGGACAUGCUGAAGAGAGGCGAGGUGUCGUGCUUCCGCGAAGAGAGGGAUGUGUUGGUGAACGGGGACCGGCGCUGGAUCACGGAGCUGCACUUCGCCUUCCAGGAUGAGAACUACUUGUACCUGGUCAUGGAGUACUACGUGGGCGGGGACCUGCUAACGCUGCUGAGCAAGUUUGGGGAGCGGAUCCCGGCCGAAAUGGCGCGCUUCUAUCUGGCCGAGAUUGUCAUGGCCAUAGACUCAGUGCACCGGCUGGGCUAUGUACACAGGGACAUCAAACCCGACAACAUCCUACUGGACCGCUGCGGCCACAUCCGUUUGGCCGACUUUGGCUCCUGCCUCAAGUUGCGGGCAGACGGAACGGUGCGGUCGCUGGUGGCUGUGGGCACCCCGGACUACUUGUCCCCGGAGAUCCUGCAGGCCGUGGGCGGCGGCCCCGGGAUGGGCAGCUAUGGGCCCGAGUGUGACUGGUGGGCGCUGGGAGUGUUCGCCUAUGAAAUGUUCUACGGGCAGACGCCCUUCUACGCCGACUCCACGGCUGAGACCUACGGCAAGAUUGUGCACUACAAGGAGCACCUGUCUCUACCCCUGACCGAUGCGGGGGUCCCUGAGGAGGCUCGAGACCUCAUCCAGCAGCUGCUGUGUCCCCCUGAGAUGCGGCUGGGCCGGGACGGAGCAGGUGAUUUCCAGAAUCAUCCUUUUUUCUUUGGCCUUGACUGGGAUGGUCUUCGAGACAGCGUGCCCCCUUUUACGCCGGAUUUUGAGGGUGCCACUGACACGUGCAACUUCGAUGUGGUGGAAGACGGGCUCACUGCCAUGGUGAGCGGGGGCGGGGAGACGCUGACGGACAUGCGGGAAGGCAUGCCACUGGGGGUCCACCUGCCGUUUGUGGGCUACUCCUACUCCUGCAUGGCCCUCAGGGACGAGGAGGUCCCAGGCCCCACGGCCAUGGAACUGGAGGCCGAGCCCUUGCCUGAGCCACCUGUGCAAGCACCCAGCCCCGAGGCCACGGUGACCCCACCGGAGGAAACAGCUGAAACGGCGGUUCCGGAGGCCAUUCCAGCCUCGGCGGAGGCCCAGGAGGCCCAGGUGACGCUGCAGGAGCUCCAGGAGGCCCUGGAGGAGGAGGUGCUUACACGGCAGAGCCUGAGCCGGGAGCUGGAGGCCAUCCGCACGGCUAACCAGAGCUUUGCCAGUCAGCUCCGUGAGGCCGAGGCCCGGAACCGAGAGCUGGAGGCGCAUGUCCGGCAGCUGCAGGAGCGGAUGGAGCUGCUGCAGGCCGGGGGAGACGCAGCUGUCACGGGGGUCCCCAGUCCCGGGGCCACGGAUCCACCUUCCCAUCUAGAUGGCCCCCCGGCCGUGGCUCUGGGCCAAUGCCCGCUGGUGGGGCCAGGCCCCAUGCACCGCCGCCACCUGCUGCUCCCUGCCAGGGUCCCUAAGCCUAACCUAUCGGAGGCGCGUUCCCUGCUCCUGUUCGCCGUUGCUCUGGCUGCUGCCGCCGCCUUGGGCUGCACUGGGUUGGUGGCCUGCGCCGACCAUCUCGCCCCGGUCUGGCGCCACCCAGGAGCCGCCUUCGCCCCCUGAACCCUAGAACCCCAAGCCGGAGGGUUGGGUGACCUGGGCACCGCCCAGAAGCCGCUCCCACCGCCUCUGCGUUCACACCGUUCCAAGCGUGGGUGUCCGCCCCAGCUCCAGCCCUGUGAUCCGGGCCCGCCCCCUGGCGGCCGGGGAGGGAGGGGCCGGGCCCGCGGUCGGAGCACGGGGCUCCUGGAAGGCUUGUAACCGGGAAUGCUGCAGCUGCUGUUGGGGGGGCGGGGCGGGGAGAGCGCAGACCACUUCCUUCCUGCGGCCUGGCUGAGGCCCCGACAUGUAUGGGCAAACUGCGAUCUAGAGGAGGCAGCAGGGCCAGGGCUCGGCCAUCAGUUUUUCACCCUCCCCGCCUCCCCCCCCCCUCCGCCCCCGUCGGCUCGCAGACCACCAAUCCUUGCGCAUGAGGCCCUGCUAUCCUGGGAACGUUCUCCUCCCGCGGCUAACGUCUAGUGCGAGCUCCGCCCGCUCUCUCGGGAACCUUGUGCUUUUGCCAGCCCCGCUUUUUCGGGGACUCCCGCACCCUCCUCACGUAAGCGGCUCUCGGAGCCACCGCAGGCUCCGCCCGCCUCGGCAGUUUGGGUAUUUAUUGACCUGUCCUCCGACCCGCUGACAGGCUCCAGGACCCCAGCGCCCUAACCCACGUUUUGGAUGCACUGAGACCCCGACAUUCCUCAGUAUUUAUUGUCUCUCCCCACCUAGGACCCCACCCCCGAUCCUCGCGAAUAAAAGGCACUCCCGUCUUGCCCAAAGCUCUGAAGUCCCGGGUGUCCGCUCUCUUUGCGUUGCGGGAAGGAGCCUGCUCAGGGGGCCAAUCGGAAGGCGAGUGGAGGCAGCCAAUGGCCUGGCGGGAGGCUAGCGGGCCGCAGAGCUGACGAAUCAGGGCUGGGGCUGGGGGUGGGGACGCUGAGGGGCGUGGCCUCGGCAUCCGGCCAGGAGGAGAUGGCCAGCGAGCCACCAGGAGGCACCGCCCCCUGUCCAGCUGUGGCCCAGCUGUGCCACCCGCUCCCCGGGAAGAAGGGGGCUGGGCCGGCUGCGCGCGCGGCCAUCCUCCUACCACUGCGCCUGCGCGGGCCACGCGCCUCCGUUCCAGAGACUUGCUCAGGAAAAGUUGCUGCAAACUUUCUAACCCGUUUCCUCCGCCCCUUCUCCCUGCCAGACCCGCCCCCCUGCGGAGCCGGGAAUUCCGAGGGGCGGAGCGCAGGCGGCGAUGGGGGAGUGGGGGGGCCUUCAGAGGACUCUGGAGACGGAGGCGUGCAGAAGCUUAGUCUCGGGGCGGAGGUGGCUUCGCGCCCUUAGCCCUCCCGGACGGCCCGUUACCUUCUCCGUUGUCCCGAUGGGGAAACUGAGGCCCUGAGCCUGAGGCACACGCGGGGGGAGGCAAAAAAGCGCGGCCUGAGGCGGAGGGAAAACAAAAGGAGAAUCACGGACAGACGGGGAGGGGGGCGG